GAGAGAGAGUGUGUGUGAGAGAGAGAGAGUGUGUGUGUGUGAGAGAGAGAGAGAGAGAGUGUGUGUGAGAGAGAGAGAGUGUGUGUGUGAGAGAGAGAGAGAGAGUGUGUGUGUGAGAGAGAGAGAGAGAGAGAGAGAGAGAGAGUGUGAGAGAGAGAGAGUGUGUGAGAGUGAGAGAGAGAGAGAGAGUGUGUGUGUGUGAGAGAGAGAGUGUGUGUGAGAGAGAGAGAGAGAGAGAGAGAGAGUGUGUGUGAGAGAGAGAGAGUGUGUGAGAGUGAGAGAGAGAGAGAGAGUGUGUGUGUGUGAGAGAGAGAGUGUGUGUGAGAGAGAGAGAGAGAGAGAGAGUCGGAUAUAACGCAAACCGUGACGGCAAGAAACAGAGCUCGCGCUUGACGGUUUUGUUGCGUGCGCGUGCGCGUGAAGUGAAGCGUGGGAAAGCACGGUAUUCUCCGGGGAUCUCAGAGUCCCGGGCAGCUGCUGUCGCACGCAGACUCGCGUAUCUGCGCUCUUCCCGGUUUCCGCCAUGGCUCAGGAGAACGGAGAGACCACCAAGGACUCGUGGAAAAAGCAAGUGAACGACAUCAAGCAGAUGUUUGAAUUCAAGGAGGUCCUCGGCACGGGCGCGUUCUCCGAGGUGGUCCUGGCUCAGGAGAGAGCCACAGGGAAGAUGUUUGCCGUUAAGUGCAUUCCGAAAAAGGCUUUGAAAGGGAAGGAGAGCAGCAUCGAGAACGAGAUCGCCGUGCUACGCAGGAUCAAGCACGAGAAUAUCGUGGCCCUGGAAGAUAUCUACGAAAGCUCUGAUCACCUGUACCUCAUAAUGCAGCUGGUUUCAGGAGGAGAGCUGUUUGACCGGAUCGUGGAGAAGGGCUUCUACACAGAGAAAGAUGCCAGCACACUCAUCAGACAAGUGCUGGAUGCAGUCAACUACCUGCACAGUAUGGGCAUCGUACACCGAGACCUGAAGCCCGAGAAUCUUCUUUACUUCAACCCUCAAGAUGGAUCAAAGAUCAUGAUCAGUGACUUCGGCCUUUCAAAGAUGGAGGGCACAGGUGAUGUCAUGUCCACCGCCUGUGGAACACCAGGAUACGUCGCUCCUGAGGUGCUCGCUCAGAAGCCAUACAGUAAGGCUGUGGAUUGCUGGUCGAUCGGAGUCAUCGCAUACAUCUUGCUGUGCGGAUAUCCACCCUUCUACGACGAGAACGACUCCAAACUCUUCGAGCAGAUCCUGAAAGCCGAUUAUGAGUUCGAUGCACCUUAUUGGGACGAUAUAUCAGAUUCAGCCAAGGACUUUAUCAGCAGUUUGAUGGAGAAGGACCCUGCUAAGCGCUACACCUGUGAGCAGGCUCUCCGUCACCCCUGGAUUGCCGGAGACACUGCUCUCUGCAAGAACAUCCAUGAAUCGGUCAGCCGUCAAAUGCGUAAAAACUUUGCUAAGAGCAAGUGGAGGCAAGCUUUUAACGCUACAGCGGUGGUGAGGCACAUGAGGAGGCUGCAGCUGGGCGCCAGCAUGGACAGCGCUCACCCGAACAGCCGGGGGCACGCAGCAAAGCAGCAGACACCACCACCGAACCAAACCCUGAACCCGGCGUUAAACCUCAACCAAAACCAGAAACCUGCUCCGAACCAGAACCAGUAUCUUCUCAACAACAUCUCCACAGAGUCUCCCAGUAUAACCCGCAAAGACUGUACAGCACCUCCUCACGCUUCCUGUUCUUUGGCGUCCGCAGCCGCAUCCCCAGCUCCAGGGGCGGAGCCCUGCAGGCCACACCCCUCCUCAGUUGCCUCAGUGAGCACUGUGUUAACUGGGACCAAGUGACGCCAGGUCCUGCGGGGGGAGAGCUGGGAGGCCACGGCACUGUAAGCCACGCCUCUCAGACCACCCCCCGCCCUGCCUUGAGGACAGGCAGAGGACUCACCCACCCACUGGUCGCCAUAUUUAACCAUUGAGAGACUCGACACUGCGUGCCACUUGCUGCACACCGCAACUCGUCCUGCUACUAGAACCCCACACCAUCAGGGGGCGCUAUUCAUGCAGACAGGAUGAAGAGGUCUGAUUCACUUUAAGAGUGGAUUCACAUGGUUGGACAUGAGUCUUGUAUGAGAAUAAUAGUGUGUUGUGUUAUGAAUGUGCUCUGAAUCACAGCAGCCAUUUUACCCUUCGGUUACGACUCGGAAAGGACUUCAGAGGAACGCGGGGGAGCAAACAUGAAGUGCGUCUGCCUCGAGCACCUUCAGGCAGAACCAAUGUCAAAUAGCUGUUCUACAUCUCUAAGCUCUUCCCUUUGUAUCUUCUCUUCCCCCCCACCCCCUCACACUUCUGGCACUUCCUAUAAGCUGUGUUUGAGUUGAUGAAAUUUUUUGCAGUUUUAUUUCUACAGUUUCUAGUCGUUCUCUGGUUUUCAAGUUUUCUAUGAUCCAUCUCGCAGACCUGCAGAAGUGCUUUAUAAAUCACGUUAGACUGUUUCGAACUGUUAAUCUGGCUCCAAGUUGUAUCCGUUUGCACAUGGAUGUUCCGCAGCUACUGACGGAUUUGCUGUAGUCCUGCAGUGUUGGAUUGAGAGUAUAGAGGUUAUUACCGCAUCACAAAAUUCAUCCAAACAUUUGCCUCAAAUAUGAUUUUUCUGUUUUAUUACAUACACCCAAGCAGUGAUGAUUGACGAUGGUAGCACUGUUAUACACCACCUUUUUUUCCUCAAUCUAUCUAUCUCACAUUUACUUACACACACACACACACACACACACACACACACACACACAG